AUGUCGAAGCGUGGACGCGGUGGUGCCGCCGGUAACAAGCUCAAGAUGACCCUCGGUCUGCCUGUCGGAGCCGUCAUGAACUGCUGCGACAACUCUGGUGCCCGUAACUUGUACAUCAUCUCCGUCAAGGGAAUUGGUGCUCGUCUCAACCGUCUCCCUGCUGCUGGUGUCGGUGACAUGGUCAUGGCUACCGUCAAGAAGGGAAAGCCUGAGCUGAGGAAGAAGGUCAUGCCUGCCGUCGUCGUCAGACAGAGCAAGCCAUGGAGGAGAUCCGACGGAAUCUACCUCUACUUUGAGGACAACGCUGGUGUGAUCGUCAACCCCAAGGGUGAGAUGAAGGGAUCAGCUAUUACUGGACCCGUCGGAAAGGAGGCUGCGGAUUUGUGGCCGCGUAUUGCUUCCAACUCAGGCGUUGUCAUGUAA